AUGAGCGCAAGUGGGGACCGGAGGAAGGGUGGGGGAAGCUCAGCCACGUGCGCGCCCAGCCCACCGCCCCGCCACUGCCGAGGGCGCGGCCUGGGGGUGGGGCGCGCCGAGCCCGCCCCGCCCCGGGGCGACCCGGCCGCAGGGAUCCUGGCGGCGGGCGAUAAGAAGCUGGUAACCUCCGGCUCGCGGCCCCCGUCGCAGCCGUCGGCCUCGGAGGGAAGACGCUUCCGCCGUCCCGGGGGGCGCCGGGUCGAAGCGGCCCUUCUCCCGCAGCCUCCGUUGAACGUCCCUCUGCCUGCGCGGAGCCGGAGCGGGGUCUCUGGGGCCCGCCGGCCCGAGGCGGCUUCCCUCCUCGCGCCGUCCGCGAUGCGACCCCUGCGGCCCCGGCUCCCGGCAGCGCCGGCUCCGCCAGCUGCGGACCCGCAGCCCGAGCCGCAGUUGUCCGAGCCCGAGGCGGACUGCACGACGGGGGACUGGGAAUUCUCCCGGAAGGAUCGCCUGGUGCUCCGCCACCUGGAGGUGGUCCGGAGCCGCGAGGCGCGCCUGUGGCGGGGCGGCAAACCCCAGAUAAAAGAGAGGUUACUUCACUGCGUUAUAAUUACUUCCUUGAGACUUGCUGUAAAAAUUAAUGAAGAAGAUGAGGGUUGA